AUUUCGAAGCCACGCGUUUCCUCAACGAAAGCUCCACUGCCGUCAGCGAGUGAUGUUGCUGCAUUAUUCACGCCUGCUCCACGUGGGCAUGCGACGUGCUCUCUUAUGCUGGCUCAGUGGGCUUCUUUCAUAUACGACGACAUUGCUCACGUAGCAACUAAUCAGCUGGUGAAAGAAGGCUUCUUCCCUGGUUCUAAACACCUUCCACUACCGUGUUGUAGUUCGUCGACAAAUCACCCUGAAUGUUUCCCCAUCAUUGCUGCUGAUGGAAAAUGUGUUUCGUAUUCACGAUCCUUGCCCGCACCACGGGAAAACUGCUCUCUUGGACCACGGGAGCAGGGAAAUACGGUAAGCGGUUACCUUGAUGCGAGCCAGAUCUACGGUUCUAGCCAAGAAAUCGUGGAUAAAAUGCGAUCAUUCAAAGAUGGCCUUCUGAACCUUCGAAUCUUAUCAGCAUCGCAUGGUGGUCUUCCUCAAGCGGACGACGAUGAGGACUGUAAAAGCCGAACUCUUUCGUCCGAGCCAUGUUUCAUGGCUGGAAGUUCAAGAAUAAACUUAUUGCCUUCAAAUGCGGUCAUGUAUACGAUAUGGAUGAGGCAACACAACUUGAUCGCAGGGAAGUUAAAGGAAGUGAACCCUGUGUGGUCCGAUGAGAAGCUGUUUCAAGAAGCUCGCCGGAUCGUUAUCGCACAGAUUCAACAUAUCACCUACAAUGAAUUUAUACCAGUAAUUGUCGGGAAGGAGAAUCUGAAACGAUACGCCUUGGAUCUGCAAGUGAACGGAUACGAUAGUCGUUACGAUAUGAAAGUCGAUGGAUCAACAUUGAACGUAUUUGCUGCAGCAGUUGGCCAAUUCUUCUUAACACUUUUACCGGACAAAAUCACUGUGAUAGACUCCUUUGGGAAUACCAAAAGAGAGGAUCCUCUGGGAAGGGUCUUCAACGAUCCGUCUUUCAUCUACCAAAGGAAUCGCUUGGACGCCGUAUUGCGUUUCCUGACUAGGUCACCCAUUAUGAAGCCAGGCCUUCACAUGACACCAGAGUUGAAACACGCCUUCAAAAGAGGCAUUGGCACGGGGGAAAAAGGAAUUGACAUGGCUGCACAAAUCAUACAAAUGGGAAGGGACCACGGUAUUCCUGGCUACCUGGAAUGGCGUCGACAUUGUCAACUAGACAAUGUGCAGUCUUUUGCUUCCAUGUCUGCCAGACUACUCCCGUCCGUCAACGCGUCCCUUUUUGAGCAAUUAUAUGAAUCGCCUGAGGAUGUUGAUCUGAUUGUGGGAGGUCUUGCUGAAGCUCCUUUGCCUGGUUCCCUGCUCGGUCCAACACUUUCUUGUUUAUUUGCAAAACAGAUGGAAAAGACAAAGCGCGGUGAUCGUUUCUGGUAUGAGAAUUUCUUCUAUCCAUCAGCUUUCUCUACUUCUCAACUAGAAGAAAUACGUAAAACAACGUUAGCUCGAAUCAUCUGCGACAAUUCUGAUGACUUACGAUUCAUACAGCAUAACGUCUUCUCACUCCAGGACGAAUACGGCUCUCAUGCAGGCGAUGACUUUUCUGAGUCUGGGAAUAAAGAAAAGAAAGAAGAAAUGGGACGAAACUGCCCUGUAAGCUGUUCAUCGUCGGUCAUUGAUUCCAUCGAUUUUUCUGCUUGGAAGGAUGAAGAACCAAAAAGGGCGUUACCUAUCACCAAGGCGACACUAGAGAAGGCAAUACGAUUGGGAAUAGAACAGUAUAACAGAUUACAGGCCGCAGAAGGGCGUCGAAUAAGAGCACAAGGGCCUCCUCCCAAUGCAGCUGGCCAGUCAGCUGUGUUCACUCAUGCGGCACUCAUGGCUCCCAAAAGAGAAUCCAUUGAUAUCGCCAGAACAGCAGGUGUACUACGUGAAGCUACACAAGUGCUAAUUAAAGGCACUGGCCUAAAUGAGGGCGAGCGCCUUCCACUAGGACUGGACGUCAGCACUCUACAGCAGCUCCUUCCUGAUGUUGAAGUGGAAAGCAUUAUCGGCAACUUUACACCUUUCCUAGGCCACGACCCUCUCCCAAAAGAACAAUGCCUUCCACAGCCACUUCCAUGUGACCACACAUCAAAGUACAGAUCCUAUUCUGGCUGGUGUAAUAACCUACAGUUCCCGAAGUACGGUAAUGCAUUUGUGGGAAUGCGUAGACUUCUUGAUCCGGCAUACGAUGACGGUUUCGAUGCCCCACGAACGAAAGCGCGAUCAGGAGGUGAACUACCAUCUGCCAGGGUAGUCAGCAACGUCGUCCACAAUGACGCUCCAGAAUUUCAUGUCCGAUUCACUCACAUGUUAAUGCAGUUCGGUCAAAUUCUCGAUCACGAUAUGAUGCAUUCGCCGAUUGCACGAGGGCCGAACAACACAAUUCUAAACUGCUCGUCAUGUGAUUCACAGGAAAGGCUAUCGAUACAUUGUUUCCCUAUCAAAAUCGGUAAGGACGAUCCGUUCUUCCCGGCUACACAUCAAGAUGGCCGUCCACGUUGUAUGCCGUUUACCAGGAGCCUACUUGGACAACUGACACUCGGCUAUAGAAACCAGCUAAACCAACUCACUGCAUUUUUGGAUGCAUCAUCAGUGUAUGGAUCGACCGAAUGCGAAGCAAAUCAACUACGUUUGUUCAGUAUGGGGAAGCUGAAUUUCACCGAUCUGGGAUUCAACAAAGAAGCUCUACCACAAGGAAGACAGGAGCGUGACUGCCGAUCGGUGCUAAGUUCAACGCAGAAACGGUGUUUCGUUGCUGGUGAUGAACGUAAUAACGAACAACCAGGAUUGACUGUCAUCCACACAAUUCUUCUCAGGGAACACAAUCGUAUCGCUUCACAGCUUCGUCGUGUUAACAACUUUUGGACCGACGAACAGUUGUAUCAGGAGGCUCGUCGAAUCAACAUUGCAAAACUGCAGCAUGUCAUUUUCAAGGAGUGGUUACCAGUUGUGCUUGGUUGUGAGACCAUGGCAAAAUAUGACCUGAUGCCUAAAAAGAGUGGCUACUUCACAGGCUACGAUCCCCACUGUGAUCCGGCGAUCUCUCAAGAAAUGUCGACGGCAGCUUUCCGAUUUGGUCAUACUCUGAUUCGAGCCAAGUUUCCUCGUUUGACUGAUACCUACCGGAAUAUGAGUGACGACGACCACUUCUCAGAUCCGUCUCCCCUAUACGAACGGCAGAAUGGCCACCUCGAAUCGAUGCUUAUGGGUCUAAUCGGCUCUGAAAGUAUGGCAUUCGAUCGUCACAUUACAAACGCGGUCCGUAAUCAUUUGUUCGCUAAACCGGGUGGUCCCCUCACAGGAAUAGACCUGCCGGCAGUGAAUAUCCAACGAGGAAGAGACCACGGUGUACAGCCGUACAACAAGUACAGGGCCUUGUGCGGAUUACGUCCUGCUCAGAAAUUCGAUGACCUCCGAUCUACAAUGGACGAUUCUGCAGUAGAAGCUUUGAGAAAAGUUUACGAACAUGUGGACGACAUUGAUUUGUUCCCCGGUAUUAUGAGUGAGCGAUCAAUGAAAGACCAAUUGGCUGAAAUACGGAAAACUACGUUUGCGAAGAUAAUCUGUGAAAAUAGUCAAUUUGCCCGGAAGAUUCAGCCGAAUGUCUUCCUCAUGGCCGAUGAGUUGACAAAUGCACCCACUUCAUGUUCGGAAUUGCCAGACACGGAUUUGUUCGAAUGGUUGGAUAGAGAAUACUGCCUUGUGGAUCAUCGAGUCAUCAAUUUGGGAAAAACGAAGAGGAUUACUCCAUGUGUGACAUGUACUUGUACAAGAGAAGGACCCGAAUGCCAUUCAAUAACUAUUGACCAUUGCGAUCGGUUAUUCGACGACUACCUCGCCUCGGAAAUUGCAAAGGUCGGUAUGCUUCUUCAACCAGAAGAUCGUCUACGAGCGAAGGCCUUUUUAGGAUCCGGUCUGCGUGAUCCAAUGUGCUCGAUCUGUCAAGGAGCGUCUAGUGAAUAG